GCUGUGAAUAGCUUGGGUUUUGCUGCGUUUCUCCUUAACGCUGCUUACUGAGCUAAGACAUUGAAUGCAGUAUGUCUGAUCUGUUCGGAGCAAUAGAAGCACAGCAAAACUCAGGCACUGCAGAUGUUUUAUUACUAGGCUUAUUAUAAACUGUGCAAACAGUCAGUGGUCCCACGCAUUUCCCUGCAGAUUAGUGUGGCGAGUUUCACAGGGUUUGGAUUUGGCUCUCAGUUUUAAACCUAUCAGGAGAGCAUAGGGCUGGAUGGGAUGCCUUGGUAUCACUGGCAGCUUUACAGUGUAAUCUUGUUUGGACGUUGAUCCAACUCAUCUUGAAAUCCAGCCUUGAAAGGAGAAAAGGCUGCAGGCCUCAUGCCAUCUUCUGCACCUCCCUACUAUGUUGUGUGGCUGUGCAGCUGCAGUUCUUGUUUUUAUGAUGUGAAAAUUGAUGUGGAAGCAGUGGAAUGAGGACAUAACUGCUAAAUGCCACUGAUGGUACAAUGCUAGGCUGAAGAAAAAUGGCUUCCUUCAGCAACCUGAUUAUUGGCAUUAUUGUUGCCAGUUUUACUGUAUUUCAGUUCCUGUUCCAUGUUUUAAGUUCUUGGGUGUCAACACGAAUAACACCUGGUUUUAACAAUCUCAGCCAGAAAAGGAAGAUCGAAUGGAAUUCAAGGACAGUGUCCACAUUCCAUGCCUUGGUGGUUGGUGGCUUUUGCCUCUAUAUUUUGGUAUACGAUGACGCCGUUAAUGCUGACCGUCUCUGGGGUGACCCUUCAAUUGUGAAACUGAAUAUUGCUAUUACCACAGGCUACCUCAUUUCUGAUUUGUUGCUUAUUCUUUACUACUGGAAGGCAAUUGGUGACAAGUAUUUUGUAAUACAUCACUUGGCAGCUCUGUACGCUUACUAUUUUGUACUGAGCAAAGGUCUGCUGGCUUACUUUGGAAACUUCCGUCUGCUCGCAGAGUUCUCCACUCCUUUUGUCAAUCAGCGGUGGUUCUUUGAAAUACUGGGAUAUCCCAAAUCUUCCAAGGCCAACAUCAUCAAUGGCUUGCUGAUGACAGUUGUGUUCUUCGUGGUGAGGAUUGCCGUCAUGCCUGUGUAUUACAGCCAUGUCAUUUCCUCCUUUGGAACAGAGGCUUUCCACAGAUUAGGAUUUGCAGCCCAGAGCGCCUGGAUUAUCUCAAGUGUUGUCUUGGAUAUUAUGAACGUGAUGUGGAUGGUCAAAAUUGCAAAAGGAUGCUACAGAGUCAUCUGUCUUAUCGGACGGGAGGAAGUCAAAACUCACAGAAAUGGCAAAUCUGACUAGAAGUCACACACAUAAAAUGCAAUUCCUGCUGUGAAAGUAAUCUGGGUUCACUGAAACAGUGCACAUUUCUGCCAUGGAAUGAUCCUCUUAAGAAAACAAGGUAUUACCUCUGUACUGACCUUACUCUUUCCCUAACCACACUGCCUGCACACCCAGGGCCACGCUUUAUGGAUCCUGUCCGGUGAGGAAUAAAAGCAAAAGCUCCCACAAAUGAGUUCCAUGUGUGUGUUCUAAGCAGUUACAGGCUGCUGAAGUUAGAAAGGAGCAGACUGGUGACUUGCUUGUUGUCCACCAGUGUGUUUGAAGUGUUUCACUCAGGUUUCUCAGAUUAAUGUGUUUUAUAAACCCAAUGAAUAUCAAGAUCUCUCUCUCUU